AUGGAGAGUGAAAUUUACAAAGCAUGCCGAUAUAAUGAUAUUAAUUAUGUUCAAGCAUUAAUUGAAACAUCUCCAAAUGAUACAGAUAUCAAUCGAUUAGAAUCAAAUGGAGAUACUGCUUUACAUUUUGUUUGUAGUAAAGGUUAUGCAAAUAUUGCUCGACUUCUUUUAAAUGAUCAUCGAGUUGACCGACACCGAACAAAUAGAAAUGGUCAAACAGCUUAUGAAAUUGCAUCGACAGAAGAAAUUCGUCAACUUUUUUCUCGAGAUAGGCAUUCUGAUAAUCCAUUUUGUACUAAUCAGACUACAUUAAAUCCAUUAGAAGUUUUUACUAAUGAAGACAAUUCGUCAGAUUCACGUUAUACAACUUUUUAUCCUUCUCAAGACCCGAUAAAGAAAGAGUGUCUUUACAGAGUUUACAAGGAAGAUUAUAAUACAAUGACUCUUCCAAUAAUUAAUCAAUUAAGACGUUUCUUUGGAAAUGAUCCUGAGAAGAACAAAAUUGAUAAAUGGGUCAAAAAUCUACAAAAACAUAUUGAACAAUGUUUUAUCGUACAAAAUUAUGAAUUGAAUUCUACAAUUUAUUUAAAUGCAUAUAAAUGUAUUGAAGAUUAUUAUAAAACAAAAAAUAUUGAAUAUCUUUUGAAACUUUAUACAUUACAUACAUUGAUAUGUCAAUAUUUUUCACAAAAUUCAAUCAAAAUAGAUUAUCUUUAUGCACCAAUUUGUUUUCAUUUAUCAAAUCUUAGCGAACGUGCUUAUAAAGGACGUUGUUUUCGUGGAUUAACUAUGAAAGAAAAUGAAUUUAAAAAAUAUAAACAAGCAUUUGAUUCCAAAGAAUCGUAUAUAAAAACAAAUACUUUUUGUUCAACAUCAAUUGAUCUAGCAGUAGCUGAAAUGUUUACUAAGACUAAUAAUAUACGAGGAACAAUCAAUGUUAUUAUAAUGUUCGAUUUCGUGAGAUCAUGUUCAACAGCUAUAGUUCUUUUUUCAUCUUCUUCGCAAUUAAAAUGUAUCUCAUAUUUUGAAGAUGAAAAAGAAGUACUUAUUCUUCCCGGAACGAUCUUUUUGGUGAAAAAUAUUCAAAAAGAUAACCAAGCUCAGUUCACAAUAAUCCAUCUUGAAAAAUUUGAUACAACUGAAAUGGAGAAUGAAUCGUAUAAAGAAAGAUUUCGAAACUAUUUCGAUAAUAUGUUCACUGAUCUUUAA